AUCCUUCCCGACUUAAAAAGGAAAUCUGUACCGACCAGGCACUCGGGAAAAAAAACUUUAAAAGCACAACGGCCACAAAUGGAGGCUGAAGAAAAUGGCUCCGUUCAGAUCUUCCCAGCACACAGCGGAUAAGCCACAGUGGAUUUUCAGAGCAUUAGACUGCCCGUGUUGUACACUUCAGAUCGAUGAAAGGUAUCCAGGCUAACAGCGGAAAAUGAUGGAGAAAGUCGAGAAUCCUUCUCCCCCCGGCACUGGAGAUGCUCACAGCCCUGUGAAGACUGAGCCAGGGCAAAUUAGUGAGUCCCCCACUAACGAGGGAGACGGAGUAGAUAUCACGACCCCAGCGCUAGGAUCUACCCCCAGAGAUGCCACUCAGUCAAGCAAGCAAGAUGCAUCUGAACUGGUUUCCAUAGAAACCCCUCUGAGCUCUUCAGAAAGCCUCCGUUUGGAAGUGCCAGUGAUCAGCCUGGGACACAGCAAGCUCCAUCCAGUGAACGACAGCCACCAGAUCAACGGAGGGGUCAGGACCAUACAGACCACUGAGCUGACAGCUUUGCACCCCAUUCCAUCUCUCAUUCCAGGCUCGGACAGCAGGAUGGUGCAUCUUUCACACCACUCAGUAUCAACACUCCCAAUGCAGAGUCCACUCAUUGGCUCGCAGUAUCGCUCACACCCCUUAAUCAGCAGUGCCUACAUUGGAUCCACAAGCACGUUCAGUAUGUUUCCAAACAACCGGAUCAAAAGGAGAUCAUCAAGUCAUUACGAAGUGGAGAUGCAUGAAGGUCCUCCUCAGAAGGUCGUACGGCGAAUGUUCACCAACAGCCGGGAGCGAUGGAGACAGCAAAACGUUAACGGGGCUUUCUCGGAUCUUCGCAAACUCAUCCCUACUCACCCUCCAGACAAGAAGCUCAGCAAGAACGAGAUCCUGCGCCUGGCCAUGAAGUACAUCAACUUCCUGGUGAAGCUGCUCAAUGACCAGACUGUGCAGCAGGAACCAGACGACAAAGGUUGGCCAGGGGUCAAGAGAAAUGGGGUGUGUGGUCCUGCGGCCAGUGGAGCAGUGGUGGUGGACACCACAUCUCAGAACACAGGGGUGGCGCCGGCUCCUGAGUCCUUACCUGCUCCACAGAAGAAGCUGGGCUUGGUGGAUAUGGCAGCAAUAGCAGUGCGAAGACAACUGUCGUCCAUCACCAAUGCAACGUCACCAGCGGCCAGUUGCUAUGGCAACUGUGGGAGCCCCAAUACUGAGGAGGAGGACUACCAGGAGCGCUUGAUAAAAACAGAGCCAGAGUCGGGCAAAGCAAACCUAGUCUCGGCUGUGGCUCAAAGAUGAUAAAGGGCAGACGCAGACAAGGGGAGAGGCAGCCCGUAUAAACUUCCAAGCUCAGGACGUGGCCAUUCCUAUUUGUACUGGGAUCAAAGAGCAUUCAGAAUGAUGUCAAGAGGACAAACUCAAGGAUGGAUUUAACUCCUGCCCUUCUGGAGCAGUUGACUUGUCUGUGUGCCUGGAGCCAUUCCAGGGCCUAUUACUACACAGUGGAAGGAGUGAUUUUGUACUGAUCACCGCACCUGUUACACAGACGUGUGAGGUUUCAAAGUGACCGAUGAACAAUAAGCUGCAUGUUUUUUGACAAUUGUUAAGUCGGUUUAUUGAGGGUGACUCAAAGGGUAAGUCGGCUGAGCUCCCACCAACCUGUUACUAACUUUCAUUGACCAACACAAGUCUGACAAGCGACAGUGGGUUCAGAAGCUGUGCUUAAACACUUGCCGGUGGAGAACUUGUAGAUUGACUUUGGCCCAAUCCUCUCCCCUCCCCACUGUCUUACCAUCAUGAGCUGGGGUGGAAUUAUUCUGGAAUUAGGCACUUGCUCUGUGCAUUGUGCACUGAGGAACCCCUCCCCACAGCUAAUCACCUCCUCCAGCUGGCCACGUGUGGGUAAGGGGAGCUAAGAGGCUGGUUGACUGAGAGAGCCGCUGCUAUCUCAGCUGGUGUUAGUGGAUAUACCCACAUAUACACAUUCCAAGAAGAAUCUGCUUUCAAGCAGGAGUGAGACCAGGACUGAUUUUUGCUUUCUUAAUCCAGGAAGAAUGAGCUCCUCCAGAAAGUGUGGAUUGUAGCUAGUAGAUCCCAAGAAGGUGAUUAGUCUCCGGUGUUGUAGGUGGUGAUCUGCCCCCCAGCCAGAACCAGGUCGCAGUCUCACUUGCAGGAAUUUAAUGAAUUGGACUUGUCAACAGUGGGGUCCCCUUCACUCACACCUCAAACUGGGUUUGAAGUUUCCUCUUUUCACCAAUAAUAAAAGGGUCACAAUUUUUUCAAUCCAACAAAACUCUAUUGCAACAAACAGUCUGCUGGAGGAACUCAGUGGGUCGAGCAGCAUCUGUGGGGGGAAAGUAAUUGUCAAUGUUUCAGGUCGAAACAGUCCUGAUGCAAGGUUUUGACCCAAAAUGCCGAUGAUUCCUUCCUUCCCGACAGAUGCUGCUCGACCCACUGAGUUCCUCCAGCAGAUUGUGUGUUGCUCCAGAUUCCAGCAUCUGCAGUCUCAUGUCUUGGUAUCACAAUACAUUUUGUAAUAUCAACCAGGCCUUUUCCACUAAGCGUACAUCUUGAAAUGCGGACAUUGUGCAUAGAUUGUGGUUAGGUGUGGAUGUAUAAUUGAAUGCACAGUCCUGUGGUGUGGGGGGUGAGGGGAGGGCAAGAAGAUGGUGGAGAAAAACUGAUGAGUAAAAACUUUGGCCACAAUGGAUAACUUGGAAUGUGUUCCCAAUAUGCAAUUCAUUAUAGAAAUCAAAAGUGGAUGCAUUUGAUGAAAGUUUUAUUUUAAUUAAAAAAAAGAUAAAAACACCUCAAAAUGAAUCUAAAAUAAGAACUGUAAAAGUCAAGCCCUUUUUUAUAAAAGAUUCAAACAUCUGAAUCAUGAACAUCUUCAUACCAAUGUCAUGUUGGGCAAACUGCUAUAUAUAUGGCUUUGCAGAAUAAUAACAAUUUACAGUGCACAUUCAACCCCUUGAAUCCAUGCUAGCCACUUCUCAGCCCUGCGGGUUACAGCUCUUUUGGGAUGGGAACACUGCAGUGGUUCAGGAGAUGCUGGUGGACACCACCUCUUAAUGCAAUCGGUUAAACACCCUCAUGGAAUUCCAGUAUCGGCACCAAGUCAGGCUGAGUGAAAUAAAAGACAGCAGGAUAUUCUCUGUCUGCAUGGAUCAGGUGAUGCAUCUGGGGGAGGACAUCUCACAGCCCCAAACCUUGAGAUGAAACAGUAUCCAGAAUGAUGAUGUUUCAUCCCAAUUCCUGCUCAGCGGUACCCAAAAGCCUGCAUUGUCCAUCAUCUCUUCAAGAGCAUGUAUGCAGAAACAGAACAGGCACACUGGUGAGAAUGCAACAGUGGGAGGGCAAACCCUGAUCGAGCUGCUUUUUAUACAGAGUGGCUGGUAACAAUACAGAGCAUCUCAAAUGGAAAGGGGUUCUGUUGCCUAAUGAAAGCCAUCCUUCACCUUUGACAAACCAUUAUUUUCAAAACAGAAAACAUUAACUCUGUUCCUCUGUCCACAGAUGCUGCCUGGCCUGCUGAGAGUUUCUGGCACUUUGUUUUUAUUUCAGAUUUCUAGCAUCUGCAGUUUUGUUUUUUUAUUUUCAUUCGACCACAUUUAUUUCUUGGUUUAACUGUGCCACACACACAUUGGCAUCUGUUUGAAGAUCCAUCGUGAAGUUGUUAUAGAGUCAUAGAGCAAUACAGCACAGACACUGGCCCUUUGACCCAACAAGUCCAUGCUGACCACAUUGUCCACCAAUCUAAUCCCAACUUCCUGCAUUCGGCCCAUAUCCCUCGAAGCCCCACCCCUCCAUGUACCUAUCCCAGUGCUUCUUAAAUGAUCCUGUUGUACCUGCUUCACCCACUUCCUCUGGCAGUGCUACCUGUUGCUUAUUCACUUUUAACCUCCAAUUGAAAAGCAAAAAGAUUGAAGAUGCCAGUAAACCAAAAUAAAAAGAAUGAAUGCUUCAAACACUCAGCAGAGCAAGCUGCAGCAGAGGAGAGAGAGACAAACAGAAUCAACUUCAGGUCAAUGACUUUUCAUCAGAACUCAGUCCAUCGACCUGAAACAUCAUCUCUGCUUCUCUCUCCACAGAUGCUGUCUGACCUGCUGAGUGUUUCCAGCAUUUUUUGUUAUUUCACUUUUAAUCUCUUUCUACUUUUAGUUUCUCCAGAUGUUUUCACUUGCCUCCAAAAGAUACCGUCUCAACUGUUCUCCCUCCUUCAUUUCAUUACUAUACAGAAAUGAAGAGCGAUUCACUGUCCCCUAUUCCACCACAUUCUUUAUUUUAUUCAUUUCCCUUAUCCUCUAUGCAUUGCUCAAUUACCUGUAAUAUCUUGAUUCACACCAUCCUGUGUUCAAAUUUAAGAGCAUGUGAAGCCACAGGAGUAGGUCACAUUGCCCCAAGGUCAGGUAGUACCUUAAGUCAGUUCUGAUGGAUAAUUGCAGGGAUAUUAUUUGGGGAUUAUCCCCAACAUCACUAAAAGAUUCACUGAGUUUCCACAGUAUUUAAGGGCUCAUGGAGUGCAGCCUUUAGCUGGUACCAGUGAAUUGACAGAGACAAGAUUUGCACAGUUUGUGUACAAGGUUUGACCAGGAUAACUCACGAAUGAGCAUACAUGUAAUGGACGUGACCACAAAUGGGCCAUAAAUCACGCCCUGUGAGGUCUUUGUAAAAAGUGUUCGGUUUCCAGCACUUGUUAAACUACAUCCCAGCGGCGAUCCACCAAGGUGAAAGCCCAAAGUCAGAGUGAAAGAUGUGAGCAAAGUUGACAAGAACAAGCAGUUAAAAAUAAAUCAGGGGAGGAGAGGGACAACAGCUGGUUAGUUUGAUAUUCUACACUUCAUGGAGGCUUAGGGGAAAUCAGCAGACCUGGGUGUUCCUGUGAAGUUUGUUUCAAUCAUUGUACAAGUCCCAAUCGGUUAAGUUCUGUGAUACAGAGAAAGAAUAUUGUACGUAACAGUGGCCUUAUGUACUGUUUCCUACUGUGUCCAGUCUUGUACCUGUCAACCAAGUGAAACUCAGCAGCUCCCCCCUCUGUGGAUGUAUAUAAUAUUGUAAUCAAUAUCACACUUGUCAGCACCUACUGUUCUAUUUAUUACAUGUGUGAAGAGUUUUAAAAAUAAUUAA